AUGGGCCUACGUGCGGGACCGGACGUCCCACUGCUCGUCCUCCUGCUGUGCUCUGUGCCGGCUCUGGGGCUGGUGGAUCACAGAGGAGACGCAGAAGACCAACGAGGGCUGAAAACCACCAUCCUGGAAAUGUUUCACAUCAACAAAGUGUCUGCGAGUCAGCGGGACAAAGAUCAUCCCUACAUGAGGUGGAUUUACCAGAGCUGGGCCUCAGUCCAGACUCACAACUUCAGGGGGUUCGAUGGAACACUGGUCCAGAGUUUCCGCAGCGGUCCUGGUCCAGAUUAUGGUCCUCCGGGUUGGAUCUGGUUCAAUGUGAGCAACCUGAAUCCGCUGAUAAAGGGCGCAGAGCUAGUUCUGUGCAGGAAAAGUCUCCACCAAAGUCUCAGCGUGACUGUCAGCGUGCACGGUGUCAGUGCCGCAGGCGGAGUCCUGACGGAGAGCCCCGCUCUCCAGGAGCGGCUACUGGACCUGGACCACAAGCCCGGCGUGUCCGGCGUCCUUGCGGCGAGGUUUCCGGAGGCCCUCGGGUUUCAGCUGCGGUACACAGACGACAGAGGAAGCCUGGUCCUCCAUGACGCCCUGACGCGGAGCCUGUACCGCCUGAGCCCAGGCGCGCUGGAUCAGCCCUUACUGGUUCUGUACCAAACAAUCCCGAACCUCGUGUGACAUUUGACCCUGAGGGCAGGACCAGUCAUAACUGAGCUGAAAUCAAUUACCACAAAAAAAUAAA